GCGUAAAUAUUAUCUGAAUAAAUGCAAGCUGAUUCGUUCAUUUUUACAUCAUGUUUUACUUUCUUAUUCGUUCUUCCUCAGAAAUGGACCAAACUCUGUAUUUCAUUCUUCUUCUCAUUGCUCUCUGCUCCGUAUCUGAAUGUGUUCAGCAUCAGUAUCACUUUAUAAAUGAGGAGAAGACCUGGACUGAAGCUCAGAGAUACUGCAGAGAGAAAUACACAGAUCUGGCCACCGCUGACAACAUGAACGACACGAACGAGCUGAAGAAGAGUGUGAAUGAUGGAAGUGUUCAGUUUGUCUUGAUUGGGCUGAAGAGGGCGAGUCGUGAUGAAUGGCACUGGUCUUCAGGUGAACCUGCGCUCUAUCUGAACUGGGCUCCUGGUCAACCAGACGGAAGCGAUUAUUGUGCUAUGAUGUUAAACGGACAAUGGCAUGAUUGGGCAUGUAGCGCAACCCAAUCUUUCCUCUGCAACAACGCAAACACAGGACUCGUCUUUGUCAAGCAGACAAUGAAUUGGAGAGACGCUCAGAGUUACUGCAGACAGAAUCACUCUGAUCUGGUCAGUGUGAGGAACCAGAACGAGAACCAACAGGUUCAGCAGUUCAUUAGUGAUAAUAACUCAUCUGGAUUAUAUGUGUGGAUCGGUCUGUUCAGAGACUCAUGGCAGUGGUCAGAUCAGAGUAACUCUUCAUUCAGAGACUGGAAGUCUGGUCAACCUGAUAAUGAUGGAGGUGGUGAAAACUGUACAGCUGUUGAACUGAAUGCUCAGGGACAAUGGCAUGACGUCCCUUGCACCAAUCGAUAUCCUUUUGUGUGUUAUGAAGAUAAACUGAUUGUGAUCAGAGAGAAUGUGACGUGGUCUGAAGCUCUGAGAUACUGCAGACAGAAUCAUGUGGAUCUGGUCUCGGUUCAUUCAGAAGAGAUGCAGCGUCGUGUGAUGAACGUGGUUAAACGUGCGUCUACUGCGGAGGUGUGGUUGGGUUUACACAACUACUGCAUCAUGAACAUGUGGCUCUGGGUGAGUGGAGAGACCGUGUGCUAUCAGAACUGGGCUCCAGGGAAUGGAACGAAACCGGAAAACUGCAAACUUGAGAAGAGAAAAGGAGCAGUUCAGUCUGGAGGAGAUCAGCGCUGGAUCAGCCUUCCUGAGACUCACAAACUCAACUUCAUCUGCAUAAAAAAAGAGUGAAGAACACAUGAAUGUUUUUGUUUACUUGCAUUCACAGUUCUGAUACUUCAUUAUUUUUCUGAUUUACUAUUUGCCAUUUGAUAUUUGAUUACAUUAUUUAGUAAAUUCUGAGAGAAUCUGCUGA